CAAGAACCAGUUUAUCUGUAAGUCUCAUGUGUAGCUAAGGUGAGUAAAUCUGACAGCUAAGAUAAACACACGUGAGACACCAAAGAUCCUGUGCUGAAGAAUGGAAGCAGCACUCAUUGAUAAUGCUGAUGUGCAAGUCAGAAGUAGCAGACCAUCUUUCUAUAAAAGGCCACAACUUUUUACAAAACUUAUUGAACUGGCUCUUGCAGUCUCAACAGUGGCACUGUUGUCUCAGAAUUUAAGUAUUGCAGACACUGUACUCAAAGCUGAAAUAGUGCAUGGAACAAUCAUUGGCUUCAUUAUGAUCAAUUUCCUUAUUAUUUUUGCUGAGCUCACACAGCCAAUGGGGAAAGCACCGUUGGUGCUAUCCUCAGUAUUUGGCUGUCUGAUGUUUACUCUCACUGGAAUAUUCUUGCUGCAAAAAAGUAAGAGUGCUAGUGUAGUGACUUCUGGGAUAAUAUCAGUUGUUGAAGGCAUUCUUUUUUUAGGUGAUAUUUUCAUUUCCUUGUGUUAUCGACGCAACUACAUCCCUAUAGAUUGAAUUUCCACAUGUGAAAGUAUGUACUGAAAAUUUGAAAGUAUGUACUGAAUAUGUGAAAGUCUGUAUUGAAAAUAUAUAUUUAUAAUAAUGUCACCUGGAAUGAUGAGACUGUUAUGUCAUACUUUGUAUUAGUCUUAAAGGGCCCCAUGUCUUCAUAAUUUUGGUAUUACCAACCUUCAUUUCUGAAAAACCAAAUAAUUUUGUAGAUGUAAAUGUACUUACUCUUGUAUGGCUGUAAAAAUAUCUGAAUAAUACAGUUAUAAGACUCAUUUAUGACUACCAAGUAACAACAAUGAAUAAUCUACAGUGCAAGAGAGAGAAUAUAUGCCAUCCCUGAUGACAGAAAAAAAUUGUUUUCACAUGUAGCAUGCUAUUUUCACAUAUUCUGUGAUUCAGUGCAAUGUUAAUAUUAGUAUUAGGCGGAACUGUUGUAUUAAGUACCCAAAGUUUCAGAAUUGCUACAAAAGACAAGGAUGCUAACCAAGUCAGUUUUUAAUAAGAUUAGGAAGAUAGAACUAUAAAAAAUAUUGGUCAAAUUAUGUGAAAAUACAGUCAGUGUGCAGUAGCCAAGGAUAUAGUGUGACUCUAGCACUGCCACCAUAGGUUUUCUGUUGAAUAUUAAAUAUUCCUUCUGUUAUAAUUUAUAUUGUAUCAUACACUUCGUUAUUAUUUACAAAUAAUUGUAGACUUGGGUGCAUAUGGAUACUGAAGAAAAAUUGUAUUUUCAUCUCAGCUAAAUGAGACUUGUAGUGUUCAUUUCUGCUGAAGGUACAUAAAACUGAAAUAAACUAUUGUAAUGAGUUCAAUAUCCCCACACUGCACAAUGAUUCACUGAGCCAUAGAUAGAUACAUAGAUAAUAAGUAAGGUACGUAAAUAACAAAAGGGUAUAAGCAGGCUUAUGGGUUUACAAGAGUUUAGUGGAGAAUGAGUACUCUGAUGCAUCUUACUAUUUCUGAAUUACUGCUAACUCACGGAUUCCUGCUGCCCACAGGCCUAACCAUAGAUAUUUUCAUAAUUAAUUGUCAUUUCUUCUUCCCCAAAACCCUUAAUUCAUGGAUAAAUUUGUUUAAUACCCUUUUAAUAUGUUAUACAGAAAGUGAGUACUUAUAACACACAAGUUAGUAGCUACUGUAAAA